AAACACGCUCUUUGACAUGCAAUAAAUCUUCAAACAUUUAUGUGAUCAACAUGAAUCUGCUGAUUCUGAAUCCUGAGAAAAGCAGCGUUCCAUAUCGUAUAUCGAAUAGCUGGUUCUCUGUGACAGAAUUAGCUGAUUUACGUUGAUUACACAAAUUGUGGCACAUCCACACAAGGUUGAAAUUCUGUGUUUCAGAAUUUACUGGAAUUAAGUAAAUUGGGUAAAACAACUAAAAGAUAAACACUGAUGGCAAAGUUCUGGUGUAAAAAGGUUUAACACAAACCCCUACUAUCACUCUGCAUGUUUUAUGAUCUUUAAAAGUUUAACUUCUGGCUUCGUUUAGUCCAUAAAUCACUAUUUGAGGCAUGUAGUUAGUCACAGUGUUGUGUUUUAACAGCCGUUCUCCCCCUGUCCUCUGUGUAGCCGUCCUCGAUGCAGUCACGUUUUAACGUGCAUUGAUAUAGGCGCCGUGGGCCUGAACGAGGGGCUUGUUUGGCCGAACACUCUCUCUCGCAUGUCAUCUGCUUUUACUGGAGUCGGUGGACACUCAUGCCAGAGGAGAAUCCACGGGCAUAAAGACUUUUUUUGUCAUCACUGAGCUGGCUCAUCCGCCGCUGUGACUCUUCAGCGUGCAAUCUGGAGCAUGGCACCGAUCACUUUCAGGCCUGCCAAACAGUUGCAAUGCAUGAGCAGAGGAAUCCUUUCUAAGUGCCAAGAAGCUUGAAGACGUCUUUUUAAAAUGAUGAAGAGGACAAUGAGGCCAGAACAGAGUGUUGUUUGAUUUGAUUACAGAUAAAUAAUAAUAAAAAACCUUUAUUUCUGUAAAGUUAACACUAUUUAGUGAAAAAGUUUCAAAAAGUUGGCAGCCUUUUGUUUUUGUUUUUUUUGCUGUUUUUUGCUAGCAAGCAUUUGUUCAGUGAAUGAAUGCCUGAAAGCCUACACAGGUCAGGAAUCUGUCGGCAGCUGUCAGAUGUCUUUUGUCUGAAGCUAGAACAACUUCCCCUGAGUCUGUUUCUUGGAAACAAAUAUGCCUCCACCUCUUACAGGAUUUGAAGUUUUUCAUGACUUUUUUUUCCCCUUUCUCCCCCAAACUAUAUUAAAUAAUUAUUGACUUAGAUAUGUUACACGUGAUCAUUUUUUAAAUGCUUAAAGGAAAGCAAAAAUCUGGAGGAUCUCAGUCUACGUCCGGACGUCACAUAACUUGAGAUAUGUCAUGUAAAAUUCAUGUGACAGAAACAAACAUUGCUUUCUUACUCUGCUCCCAAGAUCUCUGCUGCCCACAUUUUGAUGUCAUCAAACCACUAACAAUGCAAACAGCACAAAACUGAGGCUGUUUCCAGCUUUUCUUUCAGACCCUUCAUUAAACACAAUCACACACUAACGUAGAGGGUCAGACAGAACGUAAACAACAAUAUAAAAUCCUCCCCGAGUUGUCAGCUUGGUGUUUUCAGACAGUCCUAUAAAUGUAGUUUAUGAGGCUGUAUUUGAUGAUCAGAGUUACGAGAGCCUGCCUGGUCAGAGCUGUAAAGUGGGUGAGGUGUAGGUGGUGAAUGGGGCUCAUUCAUUAUUCAUGAGGCGGUCGGGCGCAGUGUGAGUGGCAGUGACAGCUAGAAACUCAAUUACUGAUUUGUAUCAAGUCGUCUGGGGUUCCUGACCUGAUAUUUAAAGGACUGAAGCAUUAAUUGGCAUUCUGCACAAACAAAACUGAUUUCCUGGGAACAAUAAUUGGAUUAUUGAUGCAUUGGGCAGAGAUAGAGUCAGAAAAAGACUUGAUUUAUCUGUGCAUGACCAAGGUUAUUAUUUUUUAUUUAAUUUGAUCAGAGUAUCACUGAUGACCCAAACUCUUAAAUGACCUGUAAAGAUGAGGAGGCUGGUUGGACCAGGGCUGCUGUUGCUUCUGUGGCACAGUGUUUGGUCUCUGGAUAUUCCACUUGACGUCAGACAACCCCCAACGAUUAUAAAGCAAUCCCUAAAGGACCAUAUUGUGGACCCCAAAGAAACAAUGGUCAUAGAGUGUGAAGCUAUAGGCAACCCGCAUCCUACUUUCUCAUGGAGGCGUAAUGGAAAAUAUUUCAAUGUGGCGCGUGACUCCCAGGUGUCGAUGCGCAGGCGCGCAGGAACUUUGGAGAUCUAUGCCCGGAAUAAUCCAGAAAAGUAUGAAGCAGAGUACCAGUGCAUUGCUUCCAAUCAGUACGGAUCUGCGUACACCCACAAGAUCAGUCUACAAAUGUAUAGACCUCCAGUUUGGCCACGGGAGAUCCUGGAGCCUGUAGUCAUCAGUGCGGGCUUGCCGCUGGUUCUGCCCUGUGACCCCCCAGCAGGACCACCUAAACCUGAAACCUACUGGAUGUCUAGCUGUUCAUAUGCAAGGCCGUUCAACUGGCCCAUCCAGACGGCUUUCCCCACCAUGCAGCCUGUGCGGCAGGACCGCAGGGUUUCCAUGGGAAUCAAUGGAGAUCUGUAUUUCUCCAAUGUGUUGUUUAAUGACUCUGCUGUUGAUUACUGCUGUAAUGCUCGCUUCCCUCACAAGAAUGCAAUUCAGCAGAAGAUGCCUGUGGUUGUUAAGGUGCUUUCAACCCACUCUACUGCUGAGGCUGCCCCCACCUGGUUGUCUCCCAGGGGCUCGUCCAGCUCCAAACUGGUCCUCCAAGGGGAGGAGCUGCUCCUGGAGUGUAUAGCUGCGGGAGUGCCAACUCCUCAUAUUGCCUGGACCAAGGAUGGGGAGAACCUUCCAGUGACACAUCGUAUUAAAAUAAAGAAUUUCAACAAAAUGAUUCAAAUCCCAAAGGCGGAAUUUGAAGAUGCAGGAGAAUACACCUGCUCUGCAACUAACAAGAUAGGUUACAUUGAACAAACAAUAUCUGUCAUAGUUAAAGCGGCUCCUUUCUGGGUGGAAAAACCUACAAAUUUAAUUCUGGCGCCUGAGGAAACCGGGCGGUUGGUGUGCCGUUCUGACGGGGUUCCUCGUCCCACCAUCAGCUGGUUCAUGAAUGGGGACCCGAUUGAAGAUGCACUCCCACAGUCCAACAGACUGGUGGCCGGGGAUACUAUAACUUUGCGCAGUGUGACCACAGAAAAUACUGGUGUCUACCAGUGCAACGCCUCCAAUCAGUACGGGUACCUACUGGCCAAUGCAUUUGUCAAUGUACUGCAUUCUACCCCUCGUAUCAUUGGUCCUAAGAACGAAGUUGUCAAAGUGAUAGAAGGAAGUCGAGCGUUUUUAGACUGUCGCUUCUUUGGUUCUCCUGUUCCUGACCUGCGAUGGUCAAAAUAUGGACAAGGCAAUCUUGAGGGGACUCGAUUCAAGACCCACAGUAAUGGAACUCUUGAAGUCAAGCGGAUACAACUAGAAGAUGAGGGAACUUACGUGUGCGUCAUCAGCAACAUUGCAGGACGAGACGAAAACCAAGUCAAAGUGGAAGUCAAAGAGCCUAUAGUAAUUGUCACCAAACCACAAAGUAUGAAGGUCAUUCGAGGAACGGAUGUCCGCCUCGAGUGUGCUGUUAAAGCAGAUGCCACCACUCCAUUCACAACAACAUGGAUAAAAAACAAAAAGCAAAUCUCUUUCGGCUGGAGAGUCUCUCUGGAUGAAUCAAAUCUAGUCAUUACUGAUGUGAACAGAGGAGAUGAGGGCAACUACACCUGUGUCUUUAAGAAUGAGCUGGACCAGAAGUCUGCCUCUGCACACCUGCUAGUGAUGGACCGUCCAAAUCCUCCAACUGACCUUGAGUUGUCUGAUCCAUUUGAACGCAGUGUGCGACUCAGUUGGGUUCCUGGUGACAGCAACCAUAGCCCAAUUACUGAUUACUUGGUGCAGUAUGACGACGACGACUGGCUUCCUGGAAAAUGGAGAAAUCUGUCAACAUACCCAGGAAACCUUAACUCUGUUAUCUUGCAUCUCAUACCAUUUACCUACUAUGAGUUCAGAGUUAUUGCAAUUAAUGCAGUUGGCGCCAGUCGUCCAAGUCGCCCAUCAUCUCGCUUCCAGACCAGUGGUGCACCCCCAGACGUCAUCCCAAAGAACGUGAAAGGUGUGGGCACAUGGAGAAAUAACAUGGAAAUCAGCUGGGAGCCUCUAACCUACAGAGAGUGGAACGGACCUCACUUGAAGUAUCUGGUGUGGUGGAGAAGGAGAGAUUCUAGGGAAGAGUGGAAGAAUGCAACUACAAAGUGGUUGAGAUACUACAUCUAUGAUGCAGAUACCUUCACCCCUUAUGAGAUCAAAGUCCAGGCUGUCAAUGACUUUGGGCUGGGGCCAGAGUCACCCGUAGUCAUUGGUUAUUCUGGUGAAGACCGUCCACUGGCUGCACCUUUAAAUCUAAGAGUUUCUGACAUUGAAAGCACUCAAGUCACUGUACACUGGGACCCAGUGUCACGAGAGGCCAUCAUGGGAGAGCUAAGGGAGUAUAAGGUCUACUACUGGAGAGACAGCAGUCAGCUGCGGUGGUUGUGGGUCAACAGAGGAAUGAAGUCCAAAAUAUUCCCAAACAAUGAUCCAGAACCAUCUGGAGUCAUCACAGACCUCAUACCUUAUAGCAACUAUAAGAUGUAUAUAGUGGUAGCUAACAGUCGGUAUGAAGGGCCACCGAGUAACAACAUACACUUCUCAACACCUGAAGGAGUACCGUCCGCCCCCACAUCCUUCAGAAUCCAACAGCGCCAUCUGGACAGUAUUUAUGUUGACUGGAGUCUGCCAGCAGAACCCAACGGGAUCAUCACUGGAUACUCUCUGAAGUAUCACACAUUGAACGCCACCAGAGGAGAGGAGAUGAGAGUCGAGGAUUUCCCACCUAAUGUGACAAGCUUCUCCAUCCGCCGUUAUGACCGAUACACUCGCUACUGGUUCUCCGUGGCAGCCCGAACUCGGAUUGGAAUCGGAGACUGGCACACGGAGGAGUCGCCGCAUUACACCACCGAAACGUACGCUCAGGACCAGGUGGACAUCACCACCCAAGGCUGGUUCAUCGGGAUCAUGUGUGCUGUGGCUCUCCUCGUGCUCAUCCUCCUCAUUGUCUGCUUCAUCAAGAGAAGCCGAGGCGGGAAAUACCCAGUUCGAGAGAAAAAGGACAUUUCACUGGAGCCUGUGGAUGACAAAGAUCAGGAAGGCUCAUUUGACUAUCGAUCCCUUGAAAGGAUCACACACGUCUCCACGCUGCCUUUUCCUCGGAGGCACAUAGAGGAGGAGAGGCUUCAAAGAGCCCAGCCGGCUGUGGAAGCCAUGAUGAAACGAGUAGACAGUGACGACAGUCUGGUGGAAUAUGGAGAAGGAGGGGAGAUGCAGUUUGAAGAGGAUGGCUCCUUCAUCGGACAGUACACAGGAACCAGGAGAGAUGUCAGAGACUUGGAUUUCAGCGGAGGUCUGGAGCUCCGAUCUCCAAUGAAUACUAUAUACUCCCUUGCGUGAAGCCUGAACUGCACAAUGACCAAUUUGAAGAUCUGGGGAUCUGCUUGUAUUUUUUCAAAAGACAAAGACAAAAAAAGACCAGCACAAAGACCACUCAAGAAGUCGAGUAUUGAGAUGUUUUUUUUGACUCUAUGAAACAAAAAUGUUUUUUUGUACAACUUGUGUUUACAGGUUUUAUCCCCUUGUUCUUUAAUUAAUCUGGUAGAGAGAUGUUUGCUCAGCGCCGUGAGAGACAGGCAAAUAUUUUCUUAUCAUGUUGAUAAGAGCAGGUAGAAUAUUUAGGUGCCGGCUGUAAAUGCGUAUUUUUCUAUCCACAAAAUGGGAUUUGUAUUAUUUUUAGCGCUUAUUGCUAUUUAAAAUAACAGCAGCAUACCACACUUUAUCAUUCAGGGAAGCCAAGAACUGAAGGAUCAGUCAAGUCUGUCUUCAGUCCCACUCAUGGAACUGUAUUCAAAUUAAGAGAGUUUUGAUAGUGCCUCUUUGUCAUCUUUUUAUGGUACUCAGCAUUAUUCCUGCUGAUAAAUGAUUUUAGGGAAAUCCAAAUCAGAACAAGUACAUUCUUUUUCAACCACAUAAAGAGGAUUAAUAUGAUUGUAACAUUGUGUGUUGUGCACUAACCUAAAUAAAGUGAAAAUAUUGAUGUCACAAUAGUAAAUUAAAACUUUGCUUAAUUAAUUCCA